AUGCAAUACGUGGGCAAAGUCGGAGACUACGUCUACAACCAGUGGAAUUCUUUGAAUCCAGCCACUCUCUCGGGUGCCAUUGACAUCAUUGUCAUUGAGCAGCCAGAUGGCCUGUUUCACUGUUCACCAUGGCAUGUUAGGUUUGGCAAGUUCCAGAUCAUCAAACCGCUGCAGAAGAAAAUUGAUCUUUAUGUUAAUGAUAUAAAGACAGACUUGCCAAUGAAACUCGGUGAAGGUGGUGAGGCAUUCUUCGUGUUUGCAACGGACUCAGAGGACUUGUCACUGCUGGUAGUUACAUCUCCUGUGAUUUCAGCAGAACUGUCACCUUAUGGCUCGCCUAGAUCGUCACCACCAGGCUCUCCUAGUGCUUCGCUGUUUGACUUGAACAAGAGUGAGCCAGAAGCAUUGGAUCUUAAUGUUUCAACUGACAUAGAGCUGAAAAUCAGCUUAGACAAGAGUACGCCGCCACCAAAGGGCGGUCCUUCAAGAAGCGACACUCCAAGUCUGAUUCUGCGUAUUGCUUUUGAAAAGGCAAAGAAAAUCACCCAGAAACUUAAUAUCCCUUCUAAAAUUGACAUCAAUGGUGACAUGGUUCUUGAUAUGGAUGGCUACAAGCCAAACUCCCAGAAGAACAUUGAUGAAUCUGACGAGCUUGUUCAGAAAGUGUUCUUACGUGAAAUGAAUAACUUGCUUAAUGGUAAGGAAUACCCAAUUAGUGACGAGGCAGACACCAGUGAGUUCAGCCUCUUACAAGGAGUGGUAUGCAAGGAUGAAGAUGGUAAGAUCAGAAUCAUCAAUAAAGAAGGUGAUGACCCAAGUGAAGGUGACAUCUUAAGCACAGACAAUCUUUCUAUCCUGAGUGAUGAUGUUAGCUCUAACCAGCUUUCUCACACUCCAAGCUCCUUGAUUGACCACAAGUACAAGGAUCAGACAUACUUUAAGACGUUACGUUUGACAUCCGAACAAUUACGCAUGAUGAAGUUGAACUACGGCCGUAACAAGCUUAGAUUUAAACUCAAUCAAGGUAACUCUCAAGUGGUUUCAGAUUUAUAUCUCUGGAAGUCCACUACGCCUAUCGUUAUUUCCGACAUUGACGGAACAAUCACCAAAUCUGAUGCCCUUGGCCAUGUUCUUAAUAUGAUUGGUAGAGACUGGACGCAUCCUGGUGUUGCAAAGCUUUUCCAAGAUAUUGCUCAUAAUGGCUACAAUAUUGUUUACUUGACUGCAAGAUCCGUCGGUCAAGCCGACACAACUCGUCAAUACUUGGAGAGUAUCAACCAAGACGGAGUUAAGCUUCCACCUGGUCCAGUAAUUCUUAGUCCUGAUAGGACUAUGGCUGCAUUAAGGCGAGAGAUCAUUUUGAAGAAACCUGAAGUGUUCAAAAUGGCUUGCUUGAGAGAUAUCAGCAGUUUGUACUUCUCCAAGACUGGAGCGUCUCAGAGUGUUGAUGAAGCUGAUGAAAGAACACCAUUUUAUGCUGGUUUUGGUAACAGAAUUACGGACGCUAUCAGUUACAGAAGUGUACGUAUUCCUUCGCAUCGUAUCUUCACUAUCAACCCUUACGGUGAGGUACAUAUGGAGUUGCUUGAGCUCGCUGGUUAUCGAUCAUCAUACUUGAGAAUUGGAGAGCUUGUUGACCAGUUCUUCCCACCAUUGAAGCUUAUCAGUGAGGUGAGUCCAUACUGGAACGAAGACCAGUUUAAUCAGUACAUCCAUUCUAAAGACGGAGGUGACCAACCCAACUCCCCGGGAUCGCCUCGAAGCAUCUCGAGCUUUAAUGAAGUCGUCAAACCUGACGAAAAGUUCACUGAUCUUAAUUAUUGGAGAGAGCCAAUGGCCAACCUUAGCGAUUUCAGUGACUUAGAAGAUGACGAAGCCGAGCCUUCAUCGAUGAAAUCAGGUCCUAACCUGCCAAAGCUUGGGUCAGCACCUCCACCAGGGCUGCCUGAGCUUUACUCUGUCAGAUCAUUAGAUAUUGAGAGAAGUAAAACGCAGUCGCUGCUGCCUUUGAAAGAGAGACCCAUGUCUGCAUCCUUCACGUCUCCACUUAAGAGUUUCAUGAUGUUCAACACAGGUGAGAGCAAGGAGAAAGACAGCAAAAAGGGUUCAAAGGACGACGAAGAAGAGGACGAUUUUACUGAUGAUGACUACGACGACGACUAUACUGACGACUACGAUGAAGACGAGGAUGAGGACUACGUCGAUGGAGAAGAGCCAGACGAUGACGACGAUGACGAAGACGCGGAUGGCGACGACUACGACGACGACGAAGAUCUCGACGAGGAGGAAAACAACGAAGUCGACGACGAAGAUCUCGACCUCGAUGACGGCUUGACGCCAGCUCUGCUUGCAUCAGCAGUUGUGCGGCCAUUUUCGCAGAAGCUUGGAGCAGGAAAAAGAGCCAAGAAGGCAGACGAAGAUGUGAAACUUAUGACAGCCAAACAAAUGCUCAACAAGAUGGAUUUGAACGAAGACAAAACAGAGGAGAAGGACGACGACGGAAAGAAAAACUGA